AUGGGAUCUGAAAUGAAUUUAAUAGGACAUCACCAGCUAGCCAGUGCUGAUGGAUUUGCUCUUGCUGAAGCACCUCACUUGUUUGGUGUCCUUUCGGAGCCAAUGAGUUCCCCAGUGCAAGAGGCAGAUGUGUCACCUUACACACAGUACAACAGUGUACCAUUUCCCCAAGUUCAACCUCAGAUUUCAUCGUCACCUUAUUACUCCAACCUAGGCUUCUACCCUCCACAGCAUGAGGAAUGGUAUUCCCCUGGGAUGUACGAGCUCAGGAGAAUACCUUCAGAGACCUUUUUCACAAGGGAGACAGAAAUAAUGGAUAUCCCUGCAGCCAAAAAGCCUAGACUGGGUCACUCCACAGGAAGAAUGAAAGGAGAAGAGCUCUGUGUGGUCUGCGGUGACAAAGCUUCUGGUUACCACUAUAAUGCUCUUACUUGUGAAGGAUGCAAAGGGUUCUUCAGAAGAAGCAUCACAAAAAAUGCAGUAUACAAGUGUAAAAAUGGAGGCAACUGUGAGAUGGACAUGUACAUGAGGAGAAAAUGCCAGGAGUGCCGUCUAAGGAAAUGCAAGCAAAUGGGCAUGUUGGCUGAAUGUAUGUAUACAGGUCUGUUAACAGAAAUACAAUGCAAGUCAAAAAGGCUACGGAAAAAUGUGAAGCAGCCCCCAGAUCAGAUAAACAAUGAAGACAAUGAAGGCCAUGACAUGAAACAAGUGACAUCUACAACUAAGAUAUAUAGGGAGAAAAUAGAAUUCACCCCAGAACAGCAGAACCUCCUUGAUUACAUCAUGGAUUCAUACAGCAAACAACAAAUACCACAGGAGGUGUCAAAAAAACUAUUACACGAGGAGUUCAGUGCCGAAGGAAAUUUUCUGAUUUUAACAGAAAUGGCUACCAGUCAUGUGCAGGUUCUUGUGGAAUUCACUAAAAAACUACCAGGAUUCCAAACCCUUGAUCAUGAAGAUCAGAUUGCUUUGUUGAAGGGCUCAGCAGUAGAAGCCAUGUUCCUCCGUUCAGCUGAGAUCUUCAGUAGGAAACUUCCUACAGGACACACUGUCCUUUUAGAAGAAAGAAUUCGCAACAGUGGUAUCUCGGAUGAAUUUAUAACUCCCAUGUUUAAUUUUUAUAAAAGCAUUGGAGAGCUGAAGAUGACACAGGAAGAAUACGCGCUGCUCACAGCCAUAGUUAUCCUGUCUCCAGAUCGGCAAUACAUAAAGGACAGAGAGUCUGUAGAAAGGCUUCAAGAACCCCUGCUGGAUAUCCUACAAAAAUUGUGCAAACUUCACCACCCAGAUAACGCCCAACAUUUUGCAUGUCUUCUGGGCCGUCUUACAGAACUACGGACGUUUAACCAUCAUCACGCAGAGAUGCUGAUGUCAUGGAGAGUGAAUGAUCACAAAUUCACACCUCUUCUCUGUGAGAUCUGGGAUGUACAGUGA